AUGUUAGAUGAAAUUCAUAGACAAGAACGUGAAGAGAUGGAAAAGAAACUUCAAGCAAAAGAUGAAGUCAUUGAAGCAAAAGACAAAAGCAUUCAGAAAAGAAUACCACGUUCGGUACCAAAAGGAAAGGAAAAGAACUAUAAGUAUAUGAUUUAUACUGAAGAGAUGGAAAAUGAAGAAGACAGAGAUAUGGUUAUGUUGCAUUUAGUCAGAAGAAACAACAAAAGCUUUUACGACUUAGCUAAGAUUUACAAAUCUGACAGAAAUUGGUUCUAUCGCGAAAACUUACCGAUUUCAAUGACCCCAAAUGAAGAUGUGAAACAAAUAGUUCAAGAUACUUUACCUCAAACACACUAUGAUAUGAAAGGUUGUACAAUACUUACCUUCAAAGAAGACUUACCGCUACUGAAGGAAAAAAUAACAGAGUAUUUUGACAACUUCAAACAAGUAGGGUAG